AUGGAUAUACCAGAGGGUAAUGGAAACCCUCUGGGUAAUGGAAAUGGUCGAGCUAGGCAGACUCGACCGAUUGGGCUUGGAGAUGCACCAAACCGUGGAGAGAAGAAGAUGGUGACCUUUUGGCAGCUUGAGAUACUGUUUGGGUUUACCUAUGGAGAAGGAAACCUAUGGAACAUCAAGGAAAAUGAACUCCAAGAAGUGUGGGCUACAGUAGCUGAAGAGGGGUACUCUUCCUCAAGGUCCAAGGCUGCCCAGAUCAGAAGUCCUGUGCUUAGAUAUGUCCACAAGGCUCUUGCAAACACUUUCUUUGCAAGGAAAGCCACUGGAACAAUCAAUGAGGGAGAAGUAAAGCUCCUUACCAUGGGAAUCAAGCCCAUCAUCUCACGCACAAGAGAUGGGAAGAAGAUCAGAGGAGACAGGGCACACGCAGGGAAUCUCAGACCCCCUGUGUACACUUUAGUUGGGCAUGAAGCGGAUUUGCAAGAAGAAGAGAUCGAGCUCGAUCGAGCUGAGGAUCGAGCUGAGGAUCAAGCUGAAGAUCGGUCCAGGAAAGCGCUGAUUUGGGUGAGCCUGAGUGCUAUUACUUUGAGGAGUAUGAGGCUCCAAGGAUGA